AUGGGUUGUGCAAGAAAAAGAACAUUAACUGUAAUAAGGUGCAAAAGUGCACAACAUAAUUUGCCUUGUAUUGACCUUUCUGAGAAGCAAACAAAUACUUCAAAUGCUCUAAACACCCCAAGCACUUCAAGUGACUCUACCCAGAUCACCAAAAAUGGAUCUAUGGAGACCCAACUAGAUGAACAUAAUGAUAAUGCUACAUUGCACAGUCUGGAAGAUUGUUUUUCAAGUAAUAAUGAGAAUUUCAUUGAUAACAUUUCUGAAAAUGAUUCAAUUAAUUCUAAUUCUAAGCAAAUAACCAAAUAG